AUGUAUUUACCUAGUUCAUUCCCUAAGGAUAUCUACUGGCUAUGGGACAAGCAGGAACAAGAGUCACCCCCUAUUCAUAAAAGGAAAAUUGCCCAUAGUUUUGAGAACAGUACAUCUGGCAAUGGAGCUCGCCCGUUGGAACAAAUCACUGAUAGUAAUAACUCGUCCGAUGCAAGACGACAAGUGAGUAACCUCUAUGCGACUCCGCUUGUUGGCUACUCUGCAGAGUUCCCUGGGGCUCAGUUGUCGUAUUUGGACUACAACAUACGGAGACUUGUGGUUGGAGAAGAUAACGUUAGUUUCAGAUUAAGCCAUACCCCACUUGUGCUGAGUCGUUUAGAAAGGUUGAGAAGAAUCAAAACACACGGAUAUCGUACUAUUAGACCCGUAGGAGUUGAUAAAACUUUGGAAGAAUUUUUAAUUGCCAAUUCAAGGCCAAGAGCCGAGUCUGGUCCGACGGCAGAUUUGGAUACCUCAAGAAGAGAUGAUAACUUACGAGUAUCCACAAUGACUACGGGAACAGAGAAUGAUUUGUCCUCUAAUAAUAACAGUAGUGGAUUAGGAUUGGGAAUUAGUGAAAACUUUGAUUUGGAUGCUGGGAUUCUAGAUGCUGAUAUUUCACGAGAGAUCCGUGACGAUGAGUUUGAAGAUAAUGAAAAUGAUGACGAAAACGAACAAAAUGUGCCUAAUUCCAGGAAUAAUGUAACAGGAGUCAAUGCUUCGGAGGUGGAUAUUCAAGCUCAAACAACAAUGAAUAGCACUGGUGAUUCAUAUAAUGUUGACUAUGAGAACUACAGAGUUGGUCAAGAUACAACUGGAGAAGAUAUGAACUACGAAAAUAUAUUAUUACACAAUUCAAACGCUAAUGCCAAUGAUCCAAUCAACGAUACAAAUGACAACAAUGCUGGCAAUGAAGAUGAAGAUAGCGCUAUACCUGGAUUUAUGGCAGAAGACGUUGAAUACCAAGAUGGAACCGGAGAUAGACGUGAUAUAUUGAUUUCAACAACACAUUCGCACCAUUCCAAUGAUCUGCUGGCUCGCGUUAUUAGUAUGGCGAAUUCGGCAUCUUCAAGGUCUCUUCCAUCCAAUCCCACUACAACUUGGGCAAGUCCAGGUUUUGAAUAUUCCCGACACUCUAUCGAUUUAAAUCGUGAUGAUGAAGGUACUGAAGAUGACCCCAAUAUGGAAAUUGACGAAUAA